AUGUCGUACUUGACGAUUGGGUACACACGUGGCGAGACGCCCUUCUGGGCCAUCUCCAUCGUCGACUCAACGCCCGCGCCGCACCCGUACGCCGACAUGCUCGUUGGCUCGGGCGUGCAUCAUGGGGCGGGAGCGCCGACGCUAGAGGAGUGCAAGGACACCUUGCUGCGCGCGGCGCUCGCGGGCAAGAUGGGGAUUGCGGUCACGCUGGAGACGCACGAGGUGGUGGCGCCGGACGACAGCUCGGAUGAGGAGUGGAACGGAGACGACGACGAGGAUGAGGAGGAGGACGGUCGCGUUUACUUGGACGCGUCGAAGUGUGGCCGCGUGCGCUUGCACGCGGUGCAAGGACCUGCGCAGUCGUCCUCCGGCCUGGGGGUGGACGACGAACGGCGCAAGAGCCUGGCCGACAAGGGCUGGGCACGCCGCACGGCGGUGGUGAACAGCGUGGCUCGAAUCCUCUCAGUACCCUUUGCGGUGGUGCAUGCCGGCGCAGCGGCGGCAGAGGGCUGCACCGCGACGGCGGAGGAGGGAGCGCUGCUGUACGCGCGCGAGCUGGGAACGGAGGCGUCCGCAGAAGCGGCGGCAGCAGCGGCGGCCGAGUCUAUGACGGCGGCGGAGGCGGAGCAGGCAGCGGCGGCACAGGGCUGCACCGCGACGGCGGAGGAGGGAGCGCUGCUGUACGCGCGCGAGCUGGGAACGGAGGCGUCCGCAGCAGCGGCGGCAGCGGCGCCGGCCGAGUCUAUGACGGCGGCGGAGGCGGAGCAGGCAGCGGCGGCAGAGGGCUUGACACUGGUGCGCUCGUCGCGCUCCAGCACCGGGUUCCAAGGCGUGUGCGCACAUUCGAAUGGGAGAGGCUUUAACGUGGCGCGCACGCUUGAUGGUAGAACGCAGUACAUUGGCUGCACCGCGACGGCGGAGGAGGGAGCGCUGCUUUACGCGCGCAAGCUGGGAACGGAGGCGUCAGCAGCAGCGGCGGCAGCGGCGGCAGGGGCGGCAGCGGCGGCGGCCGAGUCUAUGACGGCGGCGGAGGCGGAGCAGGCAGCGGCGGCAGAGGGCUUAACACUGGUGCGCUCGUCGCGCUCCAGCAGCGGGUUCGAAGGCGUGUACGCAAAGUCGAAGGGGAGAGGCUUUAACGUGGCGCGCACGCUUGAUGGUAGAACGCAGUACAUUGGCUGCACCGCGACGGCGGAGGAGGGAGCGCUGCUGUACGCGCGCGAGCUGGGAACGGAGGCGUCAGCAGCAGCGGCGGCAGCGGCGGCAGCGGCGGCAGCGGCGGCAGCGGCGGCAGCGGCGGCAGCGGCGGCAGCGGCGGCAGAGGCGGCAGCGGCGGCGGCCGAGUCUAUGACGGCGGCGGAGGCGGAGCAGGCAGCGGCGGCAGAGGGCUUGACAUUGGUGCGCUCGUCGCGCUCCAGCACCGGGUUCGAAGGCGUGUGCGCAAAAUCGAAGGGGGGAGGCUUUAACGUGAGCAAAUGGGUGCGCGGUGCAAAGCAGUACCUCGGUUACGCCGCGACGGCGCAGGAGGGUGCGCUGCUGUACGCGCGCCAUCUUGGCGCGGAGGCAUCGGCUGCGACCGAUGCAGCGGAGGACGAGUACGCGGGACGCCAGGCGGUCGAGAUGUCGAAUGCAGCCGUAGAAGGGAGUAGAGAGGCACAACCAGCGACGGCGUCAAGGACGCGGCCCAGGCACAAGCUCAUCCACGGACGGCGCGUGCAGCGGCUGAUGGGUCUGCCCGCCGAGAUACACGCCCUCGUGCUCGAGCACCUCGCAGCCAGCGCACCGCCGGCCAGCUUCGUGGCGUGCGCCGCCGCCUGCGCUGCGCUCUUGGAGGUGUACACGCGGCACCGCGCUCAGCUCUGGUGCUCUGCGCUCAGCCGCCGGGUUCGCCUCCAGGGUGCCCUGCCCGGUGUUCAGCGCGACUGGCAGGCACUCUACCGAGCAUUACUCGGCGGGCGCGACGGGCUCGAGGCCAAGGGGUGGGCGGACGACAACAAGCUCGACAAUGCGGACGAGAUGCGCCACGCGUGGUGGCAGGCCGACGCGCUGGCGUUCAGCGCCGCCAACGGGCUGGUGCUCGUGCGCUAUCGCGGGUACGAGGACGAGGGUGAAGACGAGUGGAGGCCACUCACGCAGCUGCGCCCUUACGAGGAGCGGCCCUCCGCAUUGUGGCGCUCGACGAAGCGGACCAAGGGUGAGGCGGUGGAGGUGGCAUGGGCGCCGCCAGACCACCCCACUGCUAGGUGGGAAGCCAAGGUGAUCGCGGUCCGCGCACGCAAGGCAAAGGUGCGCUUCCUCGGAUUUGACGCGAGCUGGGACACCUGGCUCCCGCAUGACUCGGACGAACUGUUCCCGGCACGGGCGGGGAUUCCCUCCAACCCGUCAACUUAG